AAAUAAAGGUAGCAGACAGAUAUCUACAGUACAAAGUUAAUAAUUUUAAAAGUGUGCGAUUUAUGGCUUGAUAUAAAAGGAAAUUUAUUGAAAAUGCUAAAACUAAGUAGGGGAAUUAUUUUUAGGGAUUAUUUCAGAUUAUAUGAUUGCAAGCUUGGACCCUUCAUUAGAAAAGUUCCGGAGGUGAUAUCAAUUUCUGGGACUCGGUACUCUAGUUCAUUAUCAGCUGAAAGGAGAAGUCAUUUUAAGGUUAUUAAAAGCGAUAUUGACACGAAUUCGGUAGAGUUUAAGACUAAUUACUCCUACAACGAGUCUGUGAAUUCUAAGUAUAAUGAAGCAUUGAAAGUAUCCUUGGCUGGUGGAAGUGAUAAAGCCAAGUCGCGACAUUUAAAGCAAAGAAAACUUCUUAUUGAUCAAAGGUUACACAUAUUAUUUGAUAGUUACGAUGAAAUUUUGGAACUAUCACCAGUCGCGGGACUCCAAAUGGAAUAUGGUGAUGUACCUAGAGCAGGCACAGUUACAGCUAUUGGUAAGGUAAAUGGUAUAUAUUGUAUGGUUAUUGGGCAAGAUGCCACAGUUAAAGCAGGAACAAUAUAUCCCAUAUCCUUAAAAAAGCAAUUGAGAGCUCAUGAUAUAGUCAUGCGGCACAACAUUCCAUGCAUCUAUUUGGUGGAUAGCGGUGGUGCUUUUCUCCCUCUGCAGGCCGAAAUAUUUCCCGAUAAGAACACGGGAGGACGAUCAUUUUUUAAUGAAGCAAUUAUCUCAUCAUUAGGGAUACCUCAGAUGGCUGUUGUUUGCGGUAGUUGCACAGCCGGUGCGGCUUAUAUUCCUUCAAUGUGUCAGGAAGCUGCUAUCAUAGACAAAACGGGGACAAUUUUCCUUGGGGGUCCACCACUAGUUAAAGCAGCUUUAGGGGAAAUAGUUACACCCGAACAACUGGGAGGAGCAACACUACAUUGCUCAAAAAGUGGCGUAACUGAUUACUUUUGUAAAGACGAAGAAGAAGGAUUGUCUACGGCGAGGGAAGUGGCACUUACUUUCAAUAUGAAGGAAGUUGACGAUCCGAAGAUGUACGAUGUGCCACUCUAUGGACCUGACGAAUUACUUGGCUUGAUUUCAAAAGAUAACCAAAUAGAUUCUAGACAAGUGUUAGCAAGAUUAUUAGAUGGUUCUAGGUUUCAUGAAUUUAAAGCUUUAUAUGGGAAAGAGCUUAUUACAGGAUUUGGUCAUUUAGAAGGGCGUUUAAUUGGAAUCGUUGCAAAUAAUGGUAAAGUAGGCUAUGAAGAAGGUACUAAAGGAGCUCAUUUUGUUCAGUUAUGCGAUCAAAGGAGUAUUCCUGUUGUUUUCAUACAAAAUACACCUAAGGAAGACACUUUUUUUGAAGCAGAAGAUAUUAAGGCUCAUGCCCAAUUAAUGUCAGCCGUCGCGUGCUCAAAAUCGACAAAAAUCACUGUGAUCAUUGGCGACUCUUUUGGAGUUCACAAUUAUUUAACGGGUGGGAGAAGUUUCGAACCAGAUUUUCUCUUCUUGUGGCCAAAUGCUCGAGUAGCUAUAGAAAAUCCCAGCAGAUUGUCUAAUGUUGACGAAAAGGAGACACUGGAACGAACAUCAUCGGCCCUCUACUCUACUAGUAGAUGCUGGGAUGACGGUAUAAUUCUACCGCAACAAACCAGAAAGACGCUAUCAAAAUGUCUAAGCAUAGUAGAACAAUCUAAAGGCGUGCGUCGAGAAGAUAUGCAACAUGCAGUUCAUAGAUUAUAA